AUGGGCGUGGAGGGACGAUGGCGAGUGAGCCAGCACCCGGUGACGAGCAUCGAGCAGCACCCGGGGGACAGUAGAGUCGGCCGGAGCCUUCCGGCUGGAUCGGGCAUGUCACCGUUACUCCUUACCAGCGUUGGCUCCGGCUCCGAUUCGGAAGCCUUGUUGUGGAAAGCCUUAGGCGGGACGGACGUCAAUCCCGAAGAUGCCGACCAGCAGUUGUGGCUUACGUCAAGCGCCGAUCGAGCCGGUCGGUUGCGAGGCGACUCUGCCCUCCGAUCCCCUGUUUCCAUCCUCCUGGGGUCGUCAUGGCUCCAGGGACAGCAAUCCUGCACGGAGGAGGAAGAGCAGCCGCUCUUCAGGUGGCAAGGGCUUCGCGCCGCUCGCUUCGACCACGGGGGAACCCGCGCCGCGGCGGUCGUCUACCCGCAGAUCGGAGGGCUCGGCGAAGACCAGCGGUACAAUCAGACGUGGGGUGCUCAGGUCCUGGACGUGGAAACCGGCAGCGUGUUGGCGAGGCUCUGGGAUGCGCGGUCGCGGCCCCUCUACCCGCUCCCGAACGUCGGGUUCAACGCGACAGACGAUCUAGUGGUUACCGAUGGGGCUCUCUGGGACCCCAGGAGAGGGCUCCGCGUUUAUCAGUUCGACAAGCUCGGUGGCGGCGGGGGCUUCGGGUUGUUCCACCCCAACGGCAACGAGGUCGUGGUAGACGAAGGAGUGUGGGACCUGAGGACCCACCGCCUGCUCCGGACGCUGCCCUGCCAGGACGGGACUGUCAUGAAGCCGGACCCCGGGGGCGACGUAUUAUACACCUACAAACCAGCGCCAGCCGGAGACUUCUUCGACCUGCCGCAGAAGCGUGCAGCCCAAGACACGUGUUUCGGUGUGCUUGACUCGUCGACCUACGACCAGAUCCACUCGCACGACACGGAGAAGGCCGUGAUUCAGCUAUCGACGGAUGAUGGGGGCGGUGAUGGCAGCUGCAUCUCCGUUGUGGAACGGGCGGAUCCGCUGCUCAACACCGUGGACACCGUGUGCUCGCUGUAUGAGAUCGGUCGCAAGCGCCCUGACGAGGCUGACUCCGACCUGGACGACGCCAUGUCCGAAGACUCUGACGAAGAGUGGGAGGACGCGGACCACUCUGACGGGGGCGACGAUCUUCUUGAGGACGGGCGUUCCCGAUGGACCGCGCGCGGCGGCAGCUCGGGAGAUAGCGAUGACAUCCUCGUUGACGGCGGUAGCAGUGGCAGUGAUGGCGGUAGCGAUGAUGGGGCUGGCACCAGCAGCGGUAGUGAAAGCGACAUCUUCCAGAGCUUACUUCGGAGACGAGGGGGUGGUGCCGUCUACGAUGCUGCGAGUGCCAGCGGCAGCAGUUCGACGGAUGAUUGGCUCGCUAGGCGGCGGGAAAAUAGGCGGCGGAUAGCGCGGCGACGAGGUGAAGUUUCUUCAACAGACGACUCGAACGAAGAGGACGAUUCGGAUGAGGAAGAGGAGGACGAUGACGACGAAGAGGAGAAAGAGAACUGACGAGACUGACGUUUUUGACGGUAUGGAAUUGGUGUGAUUCGGAAGAUACCACCCCCUCCUCCCGAGCCCCGGAACGAAGUCGGCGGGUCGUCUGGUGCUCCAGGGGAAAGGGACAAAGCCAAACGAUACGGAGAUCGACAGCAUGUCUUGGUAAAUCGUUUCUAGCCGGUGUCACCACCCCCCUGCUAACCGACAGGAACGGAGUGAGUGGUCCGUAGUUGUAUACAAUUUGAGACGAAAGCACGUGGGGACCGUACAUGGAGGACGGGUGCGCAAGAACGCAAGGCCGAUAUGAGGGUCGCGUUGGCAUGACUUCGUGUGGUAGACGACCCACCAUGCGGCCAGCGUCGUGUGACAACCACAGAUAGGUUUGCAUCCCAGUCCGGUCAGGAGGCGGUUCUCCAUCCUGCGGGGCCACGCGUUGUUCCAAGGUUUCUUCCUCGAGCCGUUGUUGGCGUCUUGUUCGGUGAUCCGUGUGUGUGAUUCUCCACCCAAGCUGCUGUUUGGCCUGGUCGCCAUCUCUUGAAAGUGAGAGAGGCCAAGACAUCCCCAACGCCAUGGUGUCUUCUGAGUGCCUUAGGUCUGUGGUCCCGCACGACUUCCCUUCCGUCGAUCCCCCAUGCCAUCCGCCCGGUUGUCUCUCACUCUGUUCCGGAGAUGCGACCGCUCUAAACGGCGGUGCUUGGAUGACAGGUUGCAGCGUGCGCGAUCGCCAUAUAUAAUCCAAAGUUUCGUUUCGUCUCCCCGCGGGUUUGUCUGCAUGUAUGUAUGUUCGAAGAACAAACUUGUGUCAU